AUGAGCACAGAGCAAGAUCAGCAAGAGGACGUACCCGAGAUUGUGUCCGAAUUCCCAGCGCCGCCCAAGUUCUUUACGCUUUAUGCAGAAGGUUCAGCAUGCGGUCCUAUGCCACCAAAACCUAUGGAGCCCACAUACCACAUGUUUGGAUCACCCUACAGCACGCAGGACGUAGUACCUGAUCUGCUGCAGCCAGGCAAGAAAUUGUAUGCAUCGAAGCGUGACGAUGCCGACGUGUUAAUGGACUACAAGGCACAGAUGAAAAAGAUCAACCACUCGCUACUCGCCAACUUUGUCGAGCUCAUAGACGUUCUCAUUAAGAAACCGUCCUUGUUCAAUGAAAAGCUGGACGAGAUGGAGCUAUUGUUUCUCAACAUGCACAACCUCAUUAACGCCUUUCGGCCACACCAAGCACGUGAGACGGUGAUCCAGAUCCUCAAAACGCAGGUACAGAAUCGUAGAGAUGCGGCACGUGACAUUCGCCGCACAAUUGACGAGUCGAGACAAGCAGUGGAACGUGUGCAUGGAGAGCUGCACGAAUCGACGGACGACGUGGCAGCUGUGGACGGAAUCUCUGCUGCUGGAAGUGACGACGAUGUCAAGAUGGAAAAUGUUGAUGGAUCGGGAGUGGUAGGGAACAGAGGAGGACGGACAAACGCAAGCGGAGCCGUUGGUGCAUUGAUGCCCACACCUGCACAAGAGGAACAGGCACAGAAAGCUUGCGAAGCACGGCAAAUGCAGGAGCAGUUCUUUUUGGCUCUAGAGGCUGCGAUGAACUAA